UCGAGCGGCGGCGAAGCGAGGGUCGGCGUCCCUCUUGGCUUUAGGUUCACUGAGUUCUCAGCUACAACAAUGGCGGGGUAUCCGGGUGAAGGUUCUGAACAACAAUCUGGAUCAGGCCUUGGCUUUAAUGCAGAGGAAGAUGCAGUCGAGCGGAAUCGAAAGGAUGAUAAGGAGCGAGCAGACCUGCCAUAUCAAGAAUUCCGAGAAGCGCGUUUUGGCUAAGAAGAAUUUGGAGCGCAAGAUUCGUUCACAGGACCUCGCCCGCAAGCUUAAGGCGAUACUCGUUCAGAAAGUCAGGGGUCUGUAGACUACAGUCGAAGCCCAGGGGAAUGCUAGCUGCUCUGGAUUUUUGCCCUGUUGAUAAACUUUCCAUCAACGGUGGAGCUUCGCAACUAAACAUACAGAUUGACUAUUUUAUUCCUAAAAUGUUCCAUUUGGCAUGGUUAGAAGUUCUGAAAGUGAAUUUUCUUGGUUGAUUGUCAUGGCAUAGUUAAAACUUUUCAUACAAAAGGUUUUGUGACAAUCAAAUAAUAGCAUAUUGCUGUUGUCUUUCAA